AUGAAGUUAGCAAUAUUCGCGUUGGUGGCGAUUUGCCUGAUAGCCGUGGUCAGGUCAGCAGACGAGGAGUACGAUUAUGAGGAGGAACCAGCUGCGGCACCAGUCGUUCCAACACCGGCUAGAUCCAAUUCUGCUCGACUCGGUGGACUAUUGUCCUCGAGAGGACGAGUGAACGUAGGCAGAAAAUCUUCCGGCGCAGCAACGACACAAUCGACCACGGCGAAGCCUGUCGAGCAACCAGCUGAACUCGAAGAAGAAGGCGAGGAAGAGCUCGACGAGGAGCAGGAACAGCAAGAAGAGGUCCUCACCACGACGACGGAGGCUUCGAAGAAGGUUCGAGGUGGAGUUAGACCGUUCAGGUCGAAUCAGGACCUGCUGGCAGCACUGAAGAGAAGGAGAGCUCAAGUGGGACCGAGCACCAACCACAAAGAAUCCUCUGCUGCUCAAACUGGCACUGAAUCGACAACAGCAAAAUCCAAGGCGACCACGAAUAGUCGCAGCAAGAGCAACACUGCAAACGAGGCAAAGUCUUCGGGACGCGGCAGGUUCGGAGGAUCCAGGGGAAGCAAGCCCUUGCAAGAAGAGGUCGAGGAGACUCAGCGAGAGGAGGUUCAAGUGAAGCCCAAGCCCUAUCGCAGAGGAUAG